GCAGGCAGGCCCAGCGCGCCUGCGCGGAGCGCCCCUGCGCGCAGUGAGGCAGCGGCGGGGGAAGGCACCGGUGGGGCCGACGGGCGGGUUGAAGGAGGGAAGCGGCCGAGCGAAGUCCCAGUGCGCGCCGCGGCGGCCUGGGUACCCUCCCCUUCCGGGCGUGAGGCGCUGUGAGAAGAGCUGAACAGAGCGGACCCGCAACGGCAGCGAGGCUCUGCUACCGCCGCCCCAGCCCGUCCUCCCUCGGCUUCGGCGCUCCUUUCGCGGGGCCCGGGUUCCUCAGCACACCCAGCUCCAGCCGCCCCCAGAGCCUGUCCCCAGCCCUUCGACAGCCCCGGCACCAGCCCGGGCCCUUGGCGGGGAGGAUGACGGAGCUGCAGUCGGCGCUGCUACUGCGAAGACAGCUGGCAGAACUCAACAAAAAUCCAGUUGAAGGCUUUUCAGCAGGUUUAAUAGAUGACAAUGAUCUCUACCGAUGGGAAGUUCUUAUUAUUGGUCCUCCAGAUACACUUUAUGAAGGUGGUGUUUUUAAGGCUCAUCUCACUUUCCCAAAAGAUUAUCCCCUCCGGCCUCCUAAAAUGAAAUUUAUUACAGAAAUCUGGCACCCAAAUGUUGAUAAAAAUGGUGAUGUGUGCAUUUCUAUUCUUCAUGAGCCUGGGGAAGAUAAAUAUGGUUAUGAAAAGCCAGAGGAACGCUGGCUUCCUAUCCACACUGUGGAAACUAUCAUGAUUAGUGUCAUUUCUAUGCUGGCAGACCCUAAUGGAGACUCACCUGCUAAUGUUGAUGCUGCGAAAGAAUGGAGGGAAGACAGAAAUGGAGAAUUUAAAAGGAAGGUGGCCCGCUGUGUAAGAAAAAGCCAAGAGACUGCUUUUGAGUGACAUUUAUUUAGCAGCUAGUAAUUUCACUUAUUUCAGGGUCUUCAAUUGAGAAACAUGGCACUGUUUUUCCUGCACUCUACCCACCUAUUGCUGGACUUCUGUUGUAACAAGUUGGCAAACACUGGCUGGAACUGGGCUGCAAUAAAACAUGCCAGUUAUCAAUGCUGAAAAGAGCCUAACAAGUGCCAACUUAACAGAUGAUUACGCAUUUUGAAUUCUAAUGAACUGUUUUAACCUUCAGGAAGAAUUGUAAAGACCUGUACAUAGCACAACAUGAUCCGGAUAAUAUAUAUACUAUACUGUUCAUGUACAUCCACAAAUACACCUUGUACCAAAUAAUGCUUUCUUGUAGUAGAAUAAGAAUCGUGUAAAUCCUAAAAGAUGUUAGCAGGUUUUCUUUCCGUAUUCAUUGUUUCUUACCAGUUUUAAAAGACUUCCUUAAAGCAUGUCAGAUGAAAAGCAAUUAGGAUUAAAAGUUCCCAUUUAAUUUCCUUUAAACCAUUGAGGCUUCAUUAAACUCUUUUCACUUACUAAACUUUGGCAUCUUCUUUGUUUUCACACACUACCCUUUGCUUUUAUCUCUUCUUUCUGCCAGAAAGUUAGUUUAAAUACUGAAAUACUUAAUAAGCAAUUACUUGAUUUUAAAUGAUGACUUCAGAGGAGUGGUCAUCACUAGGUGCUUUAUCCUUUUUUGUAUUCUAAUUGCACCCAUAUCUUGGAUUGGAUGUAGCAAUAACAUUUUUUGGCUAUUGAGAGCUCUUGAACCCAGUCAUAACCACUGAAAACUGAAAAGCGUUGGUUUUGAAUUGAACUUAUUGAAAUUUUACCCUAAACAAUACAAAAUUCUGAUUUGGUUUUAUUUUUGCCCUUCAGCUGCCUAAUGUUAAAGUUGGAUAAAUAAAGCAUGCACAGCUACAGACGUUCUAUUUAACCUCUGGGUUGGCUAUUAAAAAUGCUGUUUUCCCUAUCCUUCUCCUGAGUGCUUCAUAUUUCUUUGCCUCUACUAUACUGCAGAUUUUUCUCACCUAUUGUACAAAGAAAUUGCGAUGUAUAUUUUCAUGUAAUUUGAUUUUGGAAUCCUGUCACCUUAUGUAGUGAGUUCUUCCAAAAUAUAAUUUUUUUCCAAUAAUUGUCAAGUUGUUGGCUUUUAUUGUAUUGAAUGAAGGUUUUAAUACUGAAUGCUAGAGAAGUGAAGUUUAGAAAAAUCUCAGGUUGAUUCCUUAUGCAAACAAACAAUACUUGAAAAUCACAUGGCCGUGACAGUAUAUGUAUUGGGUUCUAUCUAGAUUUUAUGUGACUCUAAAAGCAUUACGUGAGUAAUGCUUUGCUAUUUGAUAUAUAGAUUCUGUUACUGACAGUACAUUUGGAUUUGUUUGAACAUAACAAUAUUUCAUAUCAUACAGUUUUGUAAAACAACUUCAGCAAAUGGUAAAAUGAGCAUGUGCAGUGUAAAAGGCAGGGCUCAGCUUCUCUAUGUUUGUUGCGAGCUUGGGAGUGGGAAGUCAUUUUUGGCAUAUAAGGAAUAGAACUUGAGAUAGUACCAGAUGAAAUAUGGUGUUUGCUUGUGAGAUUCAGUGGUGCAUUUCUGCUUUGUGGGGUUUGGAGAAGUGCUUUGGCAGAAGAGUAAAAGGAUUCCUGCCAAAACGCUAGAUCUUUACAAACUUUGUAUGUCCUUUUAAAGCAGAAUAUGGUUGAAGAUGUAGUCACAGAGACUAAUUUUUCUAAAUCUCAGUCUGUUCACCACUCAAGCAUUGUAAAAACCUGUAAACAUUAUAAAAAUCCAUAAACAUGUAGUAACUGCGAAAAUUGUUUCAUUUGAUUCAUUGGAGCUCAAUUUUCUUCAAGAACUUUGUAAUGUUUUUUUCCCCAAAGAUCAUAAAAAUUGUGCCCAAAAGUGCUAGCAGUACAUACCUACAAAGGACUUGGGAUAUAAUCCUUUUUACUCUUUAAUCAGAAAUUGUUCACAUGGUGGUUGCUUUUGGCAAAAUGGAGUUGGAAUUUUGCUCUCCUAUUGCUAUAGAUUUGCUAGCAAUCUUUUGAGUUCAAACCUGGGAUUUGACUCUUCAGCGAAUAGCAAAAGAUGUAGUAACUCAGGGACAACUAUUCUUGAACUUUAAGUGCCACUUUAAUGCAGUUACUUUGGUAUAAUCAUGUGGUUUUUUAGGGCUAGAUCUAGGGGAGUGUAAGGGAAAGCCAGGAACAAGUGCAUUUCUUUUCACGCUCUUUUUCCACCUGCUGCCCUGACUGUGCUACAUCUGAAACACAGGCCUAGUAGAUUUUGUGGCUUCUUUUCCUCUGUCAGAGAUAUUAUUUGUGCCUUUCCCAGUGUUCAUCUGACAAUGUGAAUUUAAAUGCCUCUACAUUUGAUAUUAAGCCCACACUCAGAUGACACUGAACCAGGUGGCUUUUGUCCCACCAGUGCCUCAUCAUUAGUGUGAGGUGAUUCUUCUCUGCUUUAGGAAAAGGAUUUUUCCCCCUAACCUGGUGCCAACUAUCAACAACAUCUACGUAGUCUUGUCGAUCGUAGAGCUAUUGGCUGUUUCCUAAAUUUAUGCCAAGUUCUUGUAGGGGCUCAUAGAUUUCAGUCUGUGUUUAUAAUAGGAUGGAUGAUCUCACUGGCUUUCUGACCUCUUCUUUCGAGUUUAAAAUCCAUAUGAGGUUGAUUUCCUCAUCAUACAAGGUAAUAUGUUUCUGAGGUUAUUCUACUAGUUCUGUGAUCCUUUGGGUAUCAUAGUAUUUCUAAUGGCCUUCAUUCUCAGUUGUGAAAUUUUAUUUUACAUACCCUCUACAAAUCUGCCCACUUUGGGUUGUGGUGCCUGUGUAUCUUUGCCCAUCUGGUCUCCAGUUGGUGGAAUUACCUUUUUUGUACUGCCACUUCUCAGCAUCUUUGAAAUUUGACAUAAUGUUGCUUCAUUCCAGCUCUUUUUUUAGUUCUGUAAUUUGUUUAUUGUAUUUAACUAUGUGAGUUUUGUUGUGAUGUUUACUGUAUUGUAAAGCACCUCAAUCAUGUGAUGGGUGCUCUAUAAAUCAAUAAAUGAUGACUUAGAGGCUG